UCUUAUCACUGACACAUAUAUCUAUAGAUUUUUAAAUUUAAGCCUCACUAUAAAAUAAAAAUUAACAAACAUAUCGCAUGUAAACAAGAUAUGUAAUCAAUCUAUUUAUCUAUUUAUCGAAAUCCAUUUUCUCUCGUCUCUUGGGUAAAAAAAUUUAUCAAACAUUUUUUCGUCAUUUAAAGUUAAUUUCCACAUGUUGAACUUUUAGUCAGAUGAAAAAAAUUCAAGAGGUGUAAAUAGAUUAAUUGUUUUUUCCCAUUAAUGGAAAUAAAGUGUGCAGCAUUUUUAGCGCUUUUUAUUUGAAACUUAUAGUCCUUGAUUUUUAUAGACUGAAGCAUAUCCUCGACCUUCACUGGAAACACACCUCCAGCAUACGAUCAUUGGCUGUUACUCGAGGAAAAAAGUUGGCAGAUAUAAUGGAUGAGAUACCGAUGGAUUAUCAUAUUCAAAUUAUUGGACAAGAAAGUAAACCACAAGUACUGGCAUUUCUUCGUCGUUUUUUUUUUCGCGACGAACCGUUGAAUUAUAAUAUUAAACUUAUUCCCGAAGGUGAAAAUAGUACUUGCGUACCGCUAGAAAAGUACAGUAUGUCAUCCAUUGAUGAAAAUUUGAGUUUGAUGGCUGUUUCAUCGAAUGGACAUAUUGUGGGAGUGCAACUUAAUGGUACUACAGUCGCACCGGAAGACACGGACGAACCAGAUUUCAUAAAAAAUUGCGAAAAUGAAAAAUUUAAAAAAAUACUCAGACUGUUGCAUUAUGUCGACAGAAAAGCUGAUGUCCUUAGUCGGUAUCCGGAUAAAAAAAUUAUAGAUGUUAAAAUUAUAUCUGUUGAUAGUAAUUGGCGAGGCAAAGGUAUUGCUGCUGCGCUUUGUACAAAAACUAUGGAAAUGGCCAAGGAAUUGAAUUACGAUUACAUUCGUACCGAUGCAAGUUCUCAUUUUACUGGAAAACUAUGCAAGCGUCUAGGUUUCGAGCCAAUAUAUGAACUUAAGUACCAAGAUUACGUUGAUAGUAAUGGGAACCCUAUUUUUACACCUGCUCAACCGCACACUUGCAUGAGUACGUAUAUUAAAAAGUUGUAAUCGAAGGUAUCUCAAUUACAGUAAAGCAGUAACGUGAUAAAAAUCAUUAAAUUGAUAUCUAUAAUUUAAAUUAAUAGAAAAAAAUAGCCGCCAAUUUUUUAUACGAUUUAAAAUUAAGAAAAAAAAAUGUAAAAUAUUUUUCAAUUUACUUUAAAUAAUACAAUAAUAAAUAUUUAA